AUGGUUUCUGAGAACGCUACAGCUUCGACACCAGAGUUCGGCACAACUUGGGAGAACGCUACAUCGGAGCCCAACACAACUUUUGAAAACGUUACAACCUCAACAGAAGAGUUCAACGCAACUUUUGAGAACGUUACAACAGUAACAUCGGAGUCCAACACGAUUUUUGAGAACGCUACAACCCCAACCACAGAUUUCAACACAACUUUUGAGAACGCUACAACCUCAACAGCAGUGUUCAACACAACAUUCGAGAACGUUACAACCUCAGCAGGACAAUAUAAUGCCACUGUUACAUCGACAGAACAGGCAGCUUUUACCGCAACCGUACAACCAACAACAUCAUCUGUUACAGCUGUACCUCCGAUACAACAACCAACUACGACCUCUGCACCAGCUGUGACCCCGACAGAACUGCCAACUACAGCCUCUGGGAUAGUUAUAACAUCAACAGUACAGCCAACCUAUGCAUCGUCUGUAGCCUCCACAGAACUGUCAACUACAGCCUCCGAAACUGGUAUACCGUCGACAGAACAGCCAACUACAGCCACUGAGACAGCUAUACCGUCAACAGAACAGCCAACUACGACCUUCGAGACAACUAUACCAUCGACAGAACAGCCAACUACAAACCAUGAGACAGAUAUACCGUCUACAGAACAGCCAAGUACAACCUCUGAGACAGCUAUACCUUCAACAGAACAGCCAAGUACAACCUUUGAGACAGCUAUGCCGUCAACAGAACAGCCAACUACAACAACUGAGACAGCUAUACCUUCAACAGAACAGCCAAGUACAACCUUUGAGACAAUUAUGCCGUUGACAGAACAGCCACUUACGACCUUUGAGACAGCUAUGCCAUCGACAGAACAGCCAACUACAACCACUGAGACAGCUAUGCCAUCGACAGAACAGCCAACUACAACCACUGAGACAGCUAUGCCAUCGACAGAACAGCCAACUACAACCACUGAGACAGCUAUGCCAUCGACAGAACAGCCAACUACAACCACUGAGACAGCUAUGCCAUCGACAGAACAGCCAACUACAACCACUGAGACAGCUAUGCCAUCGACAGAACAGCCAACUACAACCACUGAGACAGCUAUGCCAUCGACAGAACAGCCAACUACAACCACUGAGACAGCUAUGCCAUCGACAGAACAGCCAACUACAACCACUGAGACAGCUGUGCCAUCGACAGAACAGUCAACUACAACAACUGAGACAGCUAUACCAUCGACAGAACAGCCAACUACAACCACUGAGACAACUAUGCCAUCGACAGAACAGCCAACUACAACCACUGAGACAGCUGUGCCAUCGACAGAACAGCCAACUACAACCACUGAGACAGAUAUGCCAUCGACAGAACAGCCAACUACAACCUUUGAGACAGUUAUGGCGUCGACAGAACAGCCAACUACAACCACUGAGACAGCUGUGCCAUCGACAGAACAGCCAACUACAACCACUGCGGCAGCUGUGCCAUCGACAGAACAGCCAACCACUGAGACAGCUAUGUCAUCGACAGAACAGGCAACUACAACCUCUGAGACAACUAUACCAUCGACAGAACAGCCAACUACAACCUUUGAUACAACUAUACCAUCGACAGAACAGGCAACUACAAUUACCUUUGAGACAGUUAUACCGACAGAAGAGCCACCUACAAACCCUGACACAGUUACACCGUCAACAGAACAGCCAAGUACAACCUCUGGUACAGCUAAAACGUCAACAGAACACCAAACUACAACAUCUGAGACAGAUUCACCGUCGACAGAACAACAAACUACAGCGUCUGUACUGUCGACAGAAGAGCCAUCUACAACCACCGUGACAGCUAUUCCAUCGACAGAACAGCCAACUACGACCUCCGAUACAACUAUAUCGUCAACGGAACAGCCAAGUACAACCUCUGACAUAGCUACAACCUCCUCAGAACAGCCAACUACAAGUACAACCCGUGACAAUGUGACAGCUGUACCGUCCACGGCACAACCAGCUACACCGGAAGUGACGACAUCAGGAAAUUACGUAGUGUUGUAUGCAGCCAUUGGAGGAUCUGUAGGAGCUCUUGCUCUCAUCUUUGCGAUCUUGGCCGUUUGUAUCUGCUGCAGACGUCACAGGAGAGGGAAAAGUACCCUUCAGCACGAGAAUGUCGGGCUGAACGAAGUGGAGAAGGCAAACAAGGACACUUUGGACCUGUACAACCCUGCGUACAGAAGUUGAGCACGGUUCUGGACACAACAGAUGACCAGUGGAAGAUAAUUUCCUUUCAUAUUUUUAUGUAUAUACUUUAGAUAUAUGUUUUACCUAAGUAAAGUAGACACUAUUUGUACAUGUACUUC